GUGCGUUCGAUGCGAAGCCAACCAGCGGAUACUUAACACCGGUUACCAUGGGAUGUUGCUCAUCAGCCGAGGCGAACUCUGAUAACGACGGACAGACUUUCAGACCUUCCAAUCUACGAGGUGGUAAUAAACCAUUAAAGCGAAAGGGUAUUCGAUGGACAGCAGAUUCACCUAUUACGGCAGCUGAACUGCAAAGGCAAAGGGAUACAUUCUGGGAUACCGCUCCAAGCUAUGAGGGGAGACCAGAGGUUUGGCAGGCCAUACAUGCAGCAGUAUCUGAAAGCGAUCUAGCUUUAGCACAGUCCAUUUUAGACGCUGCCGGAGUAACUCUCCCUACUGGAAAUUUAGCCGAUGGCUGCUACGAUGAACUGGGAAACCGCUAUGUUGUACCCGUAUAUUGCCUAGUGGAUCCAACGAAUCUAUCAUCUGGUGGAGCUGACCCUGUCACAGACAUGGCAUCAACAUCAACAUCGCUUUACACGCACAUUCCAUAUUCUCCACCACAAACUAACGACGAUAAAUCCGUGGUGCAUAGUGUUGUAUCGUCAACUACAGAAGAAAAGUCGAACAUUGAUAGCGGAUCAUACCCAAUAACUAUCCGGCUAUCAACAUCUCUGGACAUUAACAUUAAAAUCGCAACCGAUGGAUCUGAGACUAUCGGAAAACUAAGGUUACGACUCAUGGCACAUCCUAGCCUCGCAUUUGCGCGUGACUCCCACUAUUUAAAAUUCAUUUAUUUGGGACGUAUUCUCGAUGAUCAAGUAAAACUCUACGAUGAGGAUGCAAAUGUACAAAACGACAGAAAUAAUGCGAAGAUAGCCAAGGAAGGCGUGCUUCAAGCUCUUGUUGCUAGAAAGUAGUAAAUUAAUAAAAUACUAGCAUCAUAUUUUUUGUAUCUUCACGA